AUGGCUCGAUCCAAAACAUCAACGAGAAAGCUUCCAACUAGAAAAACUCCAAGGAAGCAUUUAGCUACAAGAGUUGCAGUGAAAAAGACAUUUGAAGCAACUGUUAUAGACAAGGGAAAAAAAACGAAAAAAAGAGUUAAAAAGGAUUCUGGCUCAGAACAAGAAGAAGAAGAGAAAGAAUCAGAUUUAGAAGCAGAAGAAGACUAA